GACCUGCUGCUCAAUUUUCAUAACUAUGCAUUCUGCAAAAGUAGUGUUUCUACUCGUACUUCUCGUGCUGGAAAUCGCAGUACUGCAAGGCAUACGAAAUGAUCAACGCAAAAUUUCUUAUGCUGCUGUUUCUUGUAUAAGGAUCAUACAUGUGUCAUGCGUGCUUGCAUGCAUAGAAGUCCGUCUACCAGUGCGAUUACUUUUGCGUAGGAUAAUCCCUCCGAGUUAAAUUCUCCGAUUCGUUCGCUUUCAGAGGUCUAUCGCGGUAACACCGGCGAGUCGGAGGUUGUUGUUGUGCCAGCGGGAGGUGUUAGAAGUAGACACGACGUUGAAGAGAGAACCAGCUCCUCUAGAAGUGGGCGG